CACGACUCCGUAACAUUGACAAACCUCAACCUUGUGCUCCGACAAUCGCGAAUUCACACAACUCGGCAGACACCACGACUCUGCACACCACGCACGUCCGGAUACACCGACAAUCUGAAGCAGGCAUACCGGGACAAAGCUACGGGCACUUGCGCACACACACACACACAUACAGGACAAAUGGCAGUCAAGCCUCCCGGCCGCAUCUUGCAGGCCUGGUACCAGUGGAAGUCUCUCCGCCUUCCCUGGCGCAAGAAGUUCCUCGUCGGCCUCGACCUCCGCGGUAACACAUACUGGGAAUUCCGGCUCCGGCACGGCGACCCGCCUCCGAGGAUAACCUCGUCCCAGACGGCCGACGACUACACGGCCCAGCGGUUCCGGCGCAUCGUGCACCCCCCGUCACGAAGCGUGCACCUCUCGGACGUCCAGAUCCCGCCCGCCUGGCACCAGUGGCUGCGGUACAGCCGGCACGAGAUUCCGACCCUCGACGAGCAGCGGGCCGACGUGGCCCGGCAGGACCGGAUCAGGGUCCUCGCGGCGCAGGCGGACCAGCGGUGGGAGCAGAAGGAGCGGCUGCUGGAUAUGCCGCCGCCGCCGCCACCACCACCUGGUAACACUGCAGGUGCAGGUGCAGCACGGGCGGCGCCCGCGGUAGCGACGGUAGCGAGUGCGGGCAAGAUCACCGCCGCCGAGGCGGAUUCCUCAGCCGCGGGGAAAGCGCCGGCUCCUGCGGCAGAAACAAGCUCUGCCCCAGCAGCAAAGGACUCGGCGCCCCCGCCGGAGGAUAGCAGCAGCAACAAGAAGAAGCAAGAAGAGGCCCCGAAUCCGUGGAAGCAGGCCUCCAGAGGCGGGCCGAGCGAGGAGUGGCAGCCCCAGGCGUGGUCUCCGGCGCCGAGUCGGCGGCGGUAGCGAGGGGCGUGAUAACGGCGGUCGUGGUUCUAGUCUGUGAGAUGACGUCGGAGGGCAUGUACGAAAAGAAGAAGCUGCAGCGCGAGGUGGGGGCCAUUGUAAACAUUAAGUGUACUAUACGAGAUGUACUUCUAUGAUAAUGACGAGAGACAGGUUGAGCUCUACAGGCAGUUCAAGGUUGAGAAUAGAAUGUGAAGGCAUAA